AUGAUUCGCGUGGCAGCCAAAAUGUUGGACACUGCGAUACUGUGCUAUGAUGAUUUUCCGUUCUUUCUGGCCGGCGUGGUGCCAGACGUAUCAAGCUGUACGCAGGCUUGGUCCACCUGCGCCGACUUUCAACAAUUCCAAUUUCAAUGCACCUGGAAUAUUGUUGCCUCCGAAAUUGAACUAAAAUACCGUGCAGACGUAAAAAUAGCAGGGGACUAUUUUGCGCUCUCGGUCCGUGUGAGCGAGUGGAUUGAAGAUAGCCCCCGAUAUCUGUUGUUUUCCGUUUGGCCGGACGGCGACAGGUCUUGCGUCCAACAAGACUACGAAAUCCUCCUCGAGCCAUCCGCAUCGUUGACCUGCGUCACGAAAUUCGAUCCCGCAACCUACACCACCAUGGUUCCGGAAAAUUACUUCCUUACGCUGAGUGAUGUGGCGGCCGUCGCAGAUGGGGCUCUGUUGGAGAUCUAUGCCGGCGCAUUCCCUAGUCACGACCGCAACUCCUAUAUUGGGAGCACAUAUUUCGCUGCCGUCGUCACUUUCGUCAACCGAGAUCCAGAGAAAAUUAUUCGCAUCACCCCUCAAAUGGGCCGCAUCGCGAAGGAUAAAAUUGUAAUUACGCCAAAUUCGAAUGCGCCAACGUUUUUGAGCAGCCUCAAAUAUCCGUGGAUUUUUGAGGAGGAUCUGGAACUUUUCGCAGAGACGGUCAUCACCGUAAAUUAUAAUCAAAUUACGUGUACCAAACUGACGAUUGAUGGUGUGGAUGGUGGGACGUUCGAAAUAGGUCUUACGAAGGAUAACGUACAUAUCAAUUCCCGUAAGAAUUACACCUCGACGAGCGCUGGGACGUCCAACCCCCUAACCGAAAACGUAAAACUGCUUAAAUUCACGCCAUCGAAAAAUCACGCUGUCGGUGGCUUCCGCAUCGUGCUAUAUGGAGAUAUUAUCGCGUAUGGAGACCUCACCACCCCAAAAAUUAGCCCCGACGUGCCGAACUUUUUGCUGAAUUUGGUCAAUAUCUUCGGUAAC